ACACACAGCCGCUCCUGUCAGCUUUGUUUUUGUCCUGGUAGUCUAGUUUGGCGAGCUAGGCGUCUGUUGGAGUGGAGCGUCAGGAGAUGGCUGUCCCAGCGCAAUUAAAAGCUGUUCAGCACCAUAUAAGAACAGCACAGGAGCAUGAAAAACGAGACCCCGUCGUAGCUUAUUACUGUCGUCUCUAUGGCAUGCAGACUGGAAUGAAACUGGACAGUAAAACUCCAGAAUGUCGAAAGUUCCUUAUGAAGCUAAUGGAUCAGCUGGAGAUGAUGAAGAAGGAUCUCAGUGACAAUGAUUCCAUCACUCAGGAGCUGGUUGGCCAUGCCCACAUUGAGAACUAUGCCUUAAAAAUGUUCCUCUAUGCUGACAACGAAGAUCGCUCUGGCCGCUUCCACAAAAACAUGAUCAAGUCUUUCUACACUGCAAGUCUUCUGUUGGACGUGCUGUCUGUGUUUGGAGAGUUGUCAGAGGAGAACAUCCAGCACAGGAAGUAUGCAAGAUGGAAGGCAACCUACAUCCACAACUGUCUGAAGAACGGCGAGGCGCCUCAGGCCGGCCCUAUUGGAAUGGAAGGGGAAACAUAUGAUGAUGAAUUCGGCGCAGAAGGUGGUGGUACAUCGUUUGACCCUCAGGGUCCGCCUCCGUCUCAGCCCUCCUUCCAUUCAGGUCCAGCAGAACCAGGCCAUGCAUCAGUGCCUCCACCAAACUACAACACUAUUCAGAUUCCCCCUGGCUCCCAUGCACCAGCCAACACACCUGCUGAUCUGCCACGUCCCACAGGAGAGCCAGUCAAGCCAGUGCCUGUCCCCCGGACUAUGCCCGCAGUGGACCCCUCCCUCAUCAACACCAACCAAGAAGGUGACGUGCGGCUUACACCAGAGGAUUUCACUCGGGCUCAGAAAUACUGUAAAUAUGCUGGUAGCGCUUUGCAGUAUGAAGACGUCUCCACUGCUGUUCAGAACCUCCAAAAGGCCCUCAAGCUCCUAACCACCGGCAAAGAAUGAAAGCAUUGUCCUGCCACUUUAUCACAGAUCUGGCCCAUAUGAACUGCACAGAGGCCGUCUCCCAACUCUGAAUCUAACAGAGCAGCUCUGCUGGACACCCCAGAUCACUCAAUACCACAUCUGUUUCCAGUAGCUGCUCAUUAACAGAUAGGGUCAGGGAUAUUCUGAUGCAUUAGGCGCAUGUGAAAUCACCCUUUAAUUAAACCAUUUCUAAUAUAUACCAUAUAUACCAUUCUCAAGUCUGAAUGAAACGUGUUUGAAAGAAAUAAAAAAACAUCACCUAAGAUAUAUAUAUUUUUUUUUUUAACGGUUUUAUGCACUACUGUCUUUUUUUUCCUUUUGGUUGAAGGGUUUUGGAUUUUGUUUGUCUUACAGCAAGUAGUUCUUUGCCAUUAGUUUAUCAAGUUUAAUUGCAAUCAGCAAUAAAUCUUUUAUCUCUGUUAA